UCCGCACUUCCCCCUUCUUUCUAAUUUAUUUUUCACUCACCUUCUCUCGCUUAGGUCGGCAGGCUAUUUUUCGGUUUCUCUCUCUUCCUCUUUUCGAUCUCUAAAAUCGACGAGGCUCUGUUCAAAAGAAAGAGAAUCUUCGAUUUCUGCUUGUUAAUCUCAUUUCAGUUCGUUCUCCGUCAAAUUUCGAGGGAUAAUGGAGAAUUUGAUCUCUUUGGUGAAUAAGCUUCAGAGAGCGUGCACUGCUCUCGGCGAUCACGGAGAGGAGAGCGCGUUACCGACUCUUUGGGAUUCGCUUCCGGCGAUCGCCGUUGUUGGAGGCCAGAGUUCGGGAAAGUCCUCAGUGCUGGAAAGCAUAGUAGGCAAGGACUUUCUGCCUAGGGGAUCAGGUAUUGUCACUCGUCGGCCGCUCGUGUUGCAACUUCAUAAGAUUGAAGAAGGGAGAGAGUAUGCGGAAUUUAUGCACCUUCCGAGGAAGAAGUUCACAGAUUUUGCUCAAGUGCGGAAGGAGAUUGCAGAUGAAACUGAUCGAGAAACUGGUCGGAGCAAGCAAAUCUCUUCUGUUCCAAUUCAUCUUAGCAUAUAUUCUCCGAACGUUGUGAACUUGACACUUAUUGAUCUUCCUGGGCUUACUAAGGUGGCUGUUGAGGGUCAACCUGACAGCAUUGUACAAGAUAUAGAGAACAUGGUGCGGUCGUAUAUUGAAAAGCCUAACUGUAUAAUUCUAGCAAUAUCCCCGGCUAAUCAAGAUCUUGCAACAUCUGAUGCAAUUAAGAUAUCCCGUGAAGUUGAUCCCAAAGGAGAGAGGACAUUUGGUGUGCUAACUAAAAUCGAUCUCAUGGAUAAGGGCACUGAUGCAGUCGACAUAUUGGAAGGGAAAGCAUACAAGCUACAGUACCCAUGGAUUGGUGUUGUGAAUCGCUCUCAAGCUGACAUUAAUAAAAGUGUUGACAUGAUUGCUGCUCGUCGUAGAGAGCGGGAAUAUUUUGCAAACAGCCCUGAGUACAAACAUCUUGCCCAUAGAAUGGGUUCUGAGCAUCUGGGGAAGAUGAUGUCUAAGCAUUUAGAGCAAGUAAUCAAGUCUCGAAUCCCAGGCAUACAAUCUCUCAUCAAUAAAAGUAUCGCUGAACUUGAGUCUGAGCUUAGCCGUCUUGGGAAACCCAUUGCUGCGGAUGCUGGAGGAAAACUAUACAUGAUUAUGGAGAUCUGUCGUGUUUUUGAUCAAAUCUACAAGGAACAUCUUGAUGGCGUGCGUCCUGGUGGUGAAAAGGUCUACAACGUUUUCGAUAACCAACUUCCAGCAGCUUUGAAAAGGUUGCAGUUUGACAAGCAACUUUCAAUGGAAAAUGUAAGAAAGCUAAUUACUGAAGCAGAUGGAUAUCAACCUCACUUGAUAGCUCCUGAGCAAGGUUAUCGUCGUUUAAUUGAAUCGUCACUAGUUAGUAUCAGGGGCCCUGCUGAGGCUGCUGUGGAUGCGGUUCAUGCAAUACUGAAGGAACUGGUGCACAAAGCUAUUAAUGAGACUCUAGAGCUGAAGCAAUAUCCUAGUCUCAGAGUGGAGGUUGGUAAUGCAGCUUUUGAUUCAUUAGACAGAAUGAAGGAAUCAAGCAAGAAAGCGACACUUCAAAUGGUAGAUAUGGAAUGUAGUUACUUGACAGUUGAUUUCUUCCGGAAGCUUCCUCAGGAUGUGGAGAAGGGUGGAAACCCAACUCAUUCAAUUUUUGACAGAUACAAUGAUUCAUAUCUCAGGAGAAUAGGAACAACGGUUUUAGCAUAUGUGAAUAUGGUAUGUGCCAGCUUACGAAACUCCAUCCCCAAGUCCAUUGUUUAUUGCCAGGUUCGUGAGGCAAAACGAUCCCUGCUUGACCACUUCUUCACUGAAUUGGGAAAGAAAGAGUCUAAGCAGUUGGCAUCAUUGUUGGAUGAAGACCCAGCUGUCAUGGAACGUAGGACAGCACUUGCGAAGCGCCUAGAACUCUACAGAAGUGCUCAAGCAGAGAUUGAUGCUGUAGCUUGGGCUAAAUAGUUGAUAGUUGAUAGCAAGGGUUUUUUUUUAAUAUCCUUAUUUUCCGGUUUAAUCAUGUUUUCGGUCUUCUGAUUACAUAUAUGUAUAAGUUGAUUUUGUAAUCCAUUCAUUAUUGACUACAGCAUUCUGAGGGUGAGUGUUUGCUAUAUUAUUACUGAAGAGUGUUUUAACUUUAACCAUGCUUCAUGUUU